UAACAAGAACGCCCUCCUCCCUCCGCACAAUUAUUUCUUACUCCCCCGAAGAUCUCAGAUCUGACCUGCUCUGCUCCGAAGGAGGAAGAGACGAUGGAGGCGUUCUACUACUUGGUUUUUGGCGGGCUCUCGGUGGUGGUGGCGGUGCUGGAGCUGAGCAAAAACAGCAGGGACCAGAUCUCAACCUCCCCGGCCUUCAACUCCUUCAAGAACAACUACCUCGUCGUCUACUCCCUCAUGAUGGCUGGAGACUGGUUACAGGGCCCUUAUGUCUACUACCUCUACAGUCAGUAUGGCUUUAACAAGGGUGAUAUCGGUCGUCUCUUCAUUGCCGGUUUCGGAUCCUCCAUGGUCUUUGGAACAAUCGUGGGAUCUCUCGCUGACAAAAGGGGUCGGAAGAGGGCUUGCGUUACCUACUGCAUAACCUACAUCUUGAGUUGUAUUACCAAACAUUCCCCACAAUAUAAGGUGUUGAUGUUAGGUCGUAUAUUGGGAGGCAUUGCUACUUCUCUCUUGUUUUCUGCUUUUGAGUCAUGGCUUGUUGCUGAGCACAACAAGAGAGGUUUUGAACCGCAAUGGCUGUCCUUGACUUUCUCGAAGGCUAUAUUUCUUGGUAAUGGUCUUAUUGCCAUUGUCUCUGGGUUGUUUGCAAACAUGUUGGCUGAUAACUUAGGUUUUGGCCCUGUGGCUCCUUUCGAUGCUGCUGCAUGCUUCCUUGCAAUCGGCAUGGCUAUAAUCCUAUCAUCAUGGGGUGAAAACUAUGGAGAUACUUCUGAUAACAAGGAUUUACUUGCUCAGUUUAAAGUUGCUGCUUUAGCUAUUGCUUCUGACGAGAAGAUUGCUUUACUGGGUGCAAUACAAUCACUUUUUGAAGGUUCCAUGUAUACCUUUGUAUUCUUGUGGACUCCAGCUUUAAGUCCAAAUGAGGAGGACAUCCCUCAUGGUUUUAUAUUUGCAACUUUCAUGUUAUCUUCAAUGUUGGGUAGUUCUGUAGCAUCUCGGCUAGUGACCCGUCCAAAUCUUAAAGUUGAAAGCUAUAUGCAGAUUGUUUUUGCAAUCUCUGCUUUCACACUACUGCUACCGGUCCUUACGACUUUCUUGGUGACACCUACUUCAGUUAAAGGGGGCAGCAUCUCAUUUGCGGGUUCUAUCCAACUGCUCGGCUUCUGCACCUUUGAAGCAUGUGUGGGGAUAUUUUGGCCAUCUAUCAUGAAAAUGAGAUCACAAUAUGUUCCUGAAGAGGCUAGGAGCACAAUCAUGAAUUUCUUCCGCAUUCCUCUAAACAUGUUCGUGUGUGUUGUGCUUUACAAUGUGAAUGCAUUCCCUAUCACUAUCAUGUUUGGGAUGUGCUCUAUUUUCCUCUUCAUGGCUUCAAUUUUGCAAAGACGUUUGAUGGUUGUGGCUGAGGUUCACAAAUCAAAGUCUCAAGAUUGGACAUCAACGAAGGAGAGAGAUCCUGAAAGAGAACCACUGAGUAUGUAAUAAGCAUGAAGACGGGCUUGUGGAGAUCAGAAUAGUACACUUUCAGUUGCCUCAUGUUACCAUAAGAUAAAGCAAGAAUUUCAUGCAUGAUUACUAUGAAGUAAACUUUAUGGAGGAGGAUGAAUUGGAAAGAGUCAUGAGCUUCAGGAACAUCCUCAAGUGAAAACCUGCUAUCUGCUCCACAUGAGAGGCUCUCGUUGUUCCUUUUUUUUUACCCCCCGAGUUGAAGUAAUUUAUCAAGAGGUAGCUCGUACGAAAGUACACAAGCUUAUCUUAGGCUUAUCUUUUUAUCCGAGACUAGUAGGUUGCCUAUUGGAUCAAUUGGCACCUUAUAUUUUUGCUGCUCCAUUUCUACCUCACCUAAUUAAUAAUUAAUUAAAUCUAAGAGUUUGAAUGUGCCUUUUGGAUUUAUACUCUGUAGGUAUACAGACUACUAGUUUCUAAGGUUAUUCAUGUGUAAUAAUUAUGUCACCUUUUCUUUUCGACUGUAUGAUUUAUGUCAUCAAUCUUUGUUAUUUGACUGUAUCUCAUAAAUGCUCUGUGAUUGUUGUA